UUUAAAAAAUAGAAUUGUUUAUAUUUAGGCGUUUUUAACUGUUCAAUUAUCUGUUUUACUUCUUCAUCAUUUUGUUGAUAUCGCUGAAGAUCAUCGUAAUUAAAAACAGUGAUUUUUUCUUCUUGUGGAAUAGGGUCAGGCUGAUGAUCCUGGGCUAGCUGCGGAACCGCAUUAACGUUUUGUGUCGUGGUCGUACCAUCUGAAAAUGUUUGUUGCGCCGCUUGAGCUCUCGUUGUAACUGCCAAAAUCAUGUUUGCUUGAGCUGAGGAUGCCGAAUAGUUUGUCGGCUGAUCAUCUGUGACAUGAUCCGCCGUAUCCGUCUGUGUCAACUUAGAUUGUUUUUCAUUUUCAUCAUACUCUUCGUUAGCUGGUUCGACUGGAUGACGAGACAAAAAAUCGCAGAGAACAUUGUUUUUUCCUUUAAUGUGAAAAACUUUAAACUGAUACUCUUGUAGUUUUCGCGCCAUCGCUCACAGUUGUGCUUGUUUGUUCAAAUAUUCCAGUAGUCGAUGUAGUAUCCAAUGCAGGUCCAUCGCGGCAUGCUUCAAGAGAUGCAAAUGUUGCUAUUCGUAACCAGGAUGAAGUGGAGACUCAAAUGAUAGAGGAAGGUGAAAAAGAUCAAGACAAUAAUGUCAAUGAGAAUCAUAAUAGUCCUGCGGAUAUGCCGGACGGUGCAGAUGAUCCUCACGACGGCAUUGUCGACGAAACAAACAUAAAUCCAACCACGCUUGAUAGUAAUCAAUGCGGCAGUGGAUUGGUAACAAAUGAAAACCAUGAGAUGGUGAAAGAGUCCCGGCGCGAAUUAUUCAGUUUACAAAAGAGUUAUCGUCGUUUGGCCACAAACCCAUCACCGGAUGAUUUUGUCUUGAUGGAUAACAUACGCAACCAAAUUCGUGAAAAUUUGGAAAAAAAAGCUCUCGCAAAAAGUCCUGAAAAACAUGAAAGAAAUGUCAAAGAUUUGAGUCUGAUCGUAAAAACAGCUAUGGCGAGCACAAAAGCUAGCCAAGCUCGUAUUGUUACAUCCUACGAAAGGAAAAGUAGAGUCAACAUCAGAGAUGCUGACGGUAGCCACGGAUUUUUACACUAA